AUGCCUGGGCCCACGCUCACUUUCCAAAACCUAAGGUACUGCAUCCAGGAGAGCAGGGGCCCCUUCCGAAGGAGAGGACCAGAAAAGGAGAUACUCAAGGAUGUCAGCGGGAUCAUGCGGCCUGGAAUGAAUGCCAUCAUGGGCCCCACAGGGAGUGGGAAAACUUCGCUGCUGGAUGUCAUCGCAGGACGGAAGGACCCUCAAGGGCUGCGCUCUGGACAGGUGCUGGUGGACAGCAAAGUCGUGACCUCUGACCUGAGACUCAGCUCUGCGUAUGUGGUUCAGGAUGAUAUUCUGAUGGGGACUCUGACAGUCAGAGAAAACCUGGCCUUCUCUGGGAACCUGCGUCUCUCACGGGCAGAGUACUCCUCAAAAGACAAAGAAGAGAAAGUCAGCAGUGUGAUUAGAGAGCUGGGUCUGCAGGACUGUGCAGACACCAAGAUUGGAACAGAGUUUCUUCGGGGUGUUUCGGGUGGGGAGAGGAAGAGGUGCAGUAUCGGCAUGGAGCUCAUUACCUCCCCUUCCCUCCUCUUCCUGGAUGAACCCACCACUGGCCUGGAUGCCAACACUGCCAACUCCAUCAUCUCCCUGCUGCACAGGCUGUCCAGGAAUGGGAAGACCAUCAUCUUCUCUAUCCAUCAGCCACGAUACUCCAUCUUUCGCCAGUUUGACCACCUCACCCUCAUGAACAGGGGAGAGAUCAUCUACGCAGGAGCAGCGAGCAGAGCCAUGGAGUACUUUGAGGAACUAGGGUACCAGCGUGAGCCAUUCAAUAAUCCUGCAGAUUUCUUCCUGGACAUAACAAAUGGAGACAUCGUCCCAACGCUGGACUCUCCUAAAGCAGAGCUGGAGAAGAACCCUCUGGCAGUGCAGUACAGGGAGUCUGCACUGUACAGUCAGGUGACAGAGCAGCUGAGGCAGAUGACUCAGGCAGUGGACCCCUCUGUCAGAGCUGUCAGGGAGAAAGCCAGCUACGCCACACCCUUCCACUACCAGUUCAUGGUGUUAGCUGGGCGCACGAUUAAGAACAUCUUGAGGAACCCUCAGACCUCCUACGCACAGAUGGCCCUCAACAUCUUUUUUGCUGUUUUGGUGGGUCUUAUCUACUUUCAGAUCCCCCACACCUUGCCAGAGGCCCUGCAGAACAGGGUUGGAGCUUUCUUCUUUCUCAUCAUCAACAUGGUCUUUGGCAACCUGUCUGCUGUCGAGCUCUUCAUCAAUGAGAGAGCGCUCUUUAUCCAUGAAAAUUCAAGUGGUUACUAUCGGACAUCAGUCUAUUUCCUGGCCAAGGUGUUUGCUGACCUGCUCCCCAACAGAAUUCUCCCUAUCUUCAUCUUCUCCAGCAUUUCUUACUAUAUGAUGGGCCUGAAGCCGGACGCAGACGCCUUCUUCCUGUUUGCACUGACUAUGAGCUUGGUCAGUCUGGCAGCCGUGGGUCUGGCCUUUCUGGUCAGCGCCAGUGUGGCCUCCUUCGCCAUGGCCAACAUCCUCAUCGCCCUGCCGUACGUCUUCAUGAUGGUUUUUGGUGGUUUCCUGGUGAAUCUGAACUCCAUGCUGAAUUGGUUGUCUUGGUUGAAAUGGGUCAGCAUUUUCCGCUACGGUCUAGAGGCAGUCACCAUCAAUGAGAUGAAGGGGCAGGUGUUCACCAGUGGCAAUGUCAGUUUGACAGGGGAGAUGUACAUGGACGCUCAAGGUAUUGACUACAGCCCGUGGGGGUUCUGGCAGAACCAGGUGGCGCUGUUUGGCAUUAUGUGUGGCUGCAUGGUGCUGGCAUACAUCCAGCUCUGCAGGAUCAACCGCUGGAAGUGA